CACCACACCACACCACACCACACCACACGACAAAACCAAACCCCAUAUAUCUUGCACAAUACGGGACCAAGAAAGCGCAAGAACGAGAGCGCGGAUAAAAAAACUAUUGAACUUUCUUGGAAUUCUUGUCGAACCAAACCCAGCACGGAACCUUCGUGAAACGAAGCCCAGUGACACCCCACAAACAGCAGCAGCAGCAGCAGCAGCAACAGCAACAGCAACACGAAUGGCAACAAGAACAGCAAUAAUAGCAAUAGCAAUAAUAGCAGCAACAAGAAUAGCAACAACAACAGCAAUAAUAGCAACCACUAGUACAACACACCAAACGAAAGCGUACACAAGAACAUGGACAAGGGCAAGGGAUUUGUGAAACAGCGGCGUUCUUCCCCGAUCGGAGCAGGCAAAGGCAGGGGCUCUUUCUCGAAAGAUUUCUCGAAAGACCACGACAAGGAUUUCCGGCCCGAGGAAUUCGAAUGCGAACGCGAAUUCAAGAGCGAAUGCGAAUGCGAAUGCCAGCGCCAGCGCCAGUGCCACCGCGGCAACAGCCCGAGGAGCAGUGUCGGCCCCAGAAACUGCAACAGCCCAAGGGGCAACCAAACGAAGCGCAGAAGCAACGGCAGCGGCAGCGGUCCCUUUGGUCGCCUGUGGUCGUCGGUGGCGAAAUCCAAGAGCUGUAAGGUUUUCUUCCGUUUCGUGGUGUUCCUCCAGCUUGCCUGCCACGUGCGGUUGCUGGUGUCGCUCCGGUCCGAGGCAGGAGCAGCAGCAGGAACAGGAGCAGCAGGAACAGGAGCAGCCACGGCUUCGGCAACCGCAUCCGCAAUGGCAAGCGCAAUGGCAAUGGCAACGGUGCCAUUUGCCAGCACGACGCCACACGACGAAAACGAGAGACCGACUCCUUCCUCGCUCCGGGGCAAGCUCCCAAACACAAGCACAAGCACAAGCACAAGCACAAGCACAAGCACAAGCAUCCACACAAAGCAGAAGCCCGUCGACUUUCUGAGGAUCGGCAUGGUCUACACCGACGCCGACAAGGCCAGAGACCCUUCCCUGAAAGACGCCGAGUUCCCGAUGGACGACGCCUUCUCGGCGACCUGGUGGCAGAGCACCGAGCGCUUUCUGGAGCUGGGCGUCCCGGACACCAUCGACGCCAGCCCGGAAUCGGCCUCCUGGAAGGUCUUCGAGGCCCACGGAUACGACCACAUCCGGGUGACCAGGGACUGGACGGACCUGGGCGUGGAGCACAUGUCCAAGUGGUGGAAGAUGGUCCUCGACGAGAUGAUUGUCCGCGAGGGCACCGGGGACAAGACCGUCAACAAGUUCGCGGACCGGAUCCUGGAAAUCUUCAAGGCCUACGUCUCCAGCAAAGACCGAAGCGAGGUCUGGAAGGCUUUUCGGUUCGGAAGUGGCAGCAACAACGACAACCACGACGACAACAACGACAACGACAACAACGAGUGGCUCGAGGUCUCCGGGUCGACCAUCGCCGUGAUUGCCUUUAUGAACAGCAAGAACUACCGGGAAGACGAGAUCCUAAAGUGGUCCCUGGCUUCAACGAUCCUCUCCCUCGCCCAGGUCGGAGUCGGCCGGAUCGUGGUGGCGAGCGCGGAGCUCGACACCGACGAGGCCCUAAUCAGGGAGGCCCUUUCCAUUGCCGAGCGGGCCAUGUUUGCCUGGGACCAACCCGUUGCCGAGCUGGCGGUCUGCGACACCGGGGACGCCACCACCGGCAACGACAUCAGCCCGAUCAACGUUCCGGCGGCAAGCCUCCUGCGGCUCCAGAAAAUCUUUCGGAACCAGGCAGAGGCCUCGGUCGAGGAGUGCUGGAUGGGAAAGACCAACACCAACACCAAACCCGCUGCCACCGCCACCACCGGGAGCAGCAGUUCCAACACCAACCGCCGCUGGAAGUACGUCUUUCUGGGAGAACCCGACACCCUGCUCACCACCAAGCCGGCUUCGACGGCCGCCCUGGCGAGGGAACUCAAGAAGGGAAACGUCCUGGCCCCCCACCGGUUCCAGCCGAUGCCCCACGAGGCCGAUUUUGCCGAACGCAGCGGCAACAGCAAACGCAGCGGCGACACGGCAAACCAUGCAAGCAGCGGCCUCUACAUGAUCCCCGAGUCGCUCGAGGGGACCCAUCCGAUCACCAACGCCGAUCCCCUGCGCAACGAAAACUGGUCCUGCUGCGACGACGGCAACCACAAGGCCUACACCGACCACCCCGACUGCGGGAACUUUUGGUGGAUGUGCGGCUUUCUGGCGAUGCGGUGGCCGGGGGAGGCUCCCUACAAGGGCCUGGACGAAUCGCCAGAGACCGCCUUUGAAAGCAUCCUGGAAGGCUACCCGCUGGUGCGCCUGGAGGCCGGGACGGGGGUCGUCUUUGCCGGGGCCGAGUCCGGCCGGAGGUGCCUCCCGAGGGCCGGCCCCUGUCCGGUCCCGGACCGAAGCGAACGCGAACGCGAAAGCGGGCCCUGACAACACCCAAACCAACCAAACCAACUCUACGGAAUGUACAAUGUAAUAGAUUGAUGCAGAUGAC